CCAUUCUUCUCCAUUGUCUCUCUCUCUCUCUCUCUCUCUCUCUCUCUCUCUCUCUCUCUCUCUAGCAAGAAAAUAAAAACUCUUUCAUGGCUUCUCUUCUAUUAUCUCCCAACAAAACCAUUAAUGCUACUCCACCACUUCUCCCUCAAUGCCUCUCCCCAAGACAUAACCUCAACAAAACCAAAAUUCUCAUCUUUCCAAGUAAACCCUAUACUUCACCAAAGCCAGAAACAACCACCAAAUGCUCAUCAUCACUCUCAAGCCUAAGCCUAAAAGUACAAUUAGAUCACGAAAAUAUUGAACCACAAACCCUUGUCUUCCAUGAAGACAACCAUAGGCCACUCCAUGAAAUCUGGAAGGAAAUUCAAGGCCUUGACAACUGGGAAGGGCUUCUAGAUCCAACACUCAACUCCCAUCUCCGUCAAGAAAUCAUCCGCUAUGGAGAAUUCGCUCAAGCAUGUUAUGACUCCUUCGACUUCGAUCCUCACUCCAAGUACUGCGGCACAUGCAAGUACCAAGGCGCUCAUUUCUUCGAAAACCUCGACAUGGCCGACCGUGGCUACCAAAUCAGCCGAUACCUCUACGCGACUUCAAACAUCAACCUCCCCAAUUUCUUCCAAAAAUCAAAGCUCGGCAGCGUGUGGAGCCGCCACGCAAACUGGAUGGGGUUCGUGGCUGUGGCCACGGACCCCGACCAGAUCAAAAGGCUUGGGAGAAGAGACAUUGUGAUUGCAUGGCGAGGAACAGUCACGUAUCUUGAAUGGAUUUACGACCUGAAAGACAUCCUCCACCCAGCUCAGUUUCGCAACGACCCGUCCAUCAAAAUCGAAUCCGGGUUCUAUGACUUGUACACCAAGAAGGAAGAUGAAUGUAGGUUUUGCUCAUUUUCUGCCCGGGAGCAACUUCUUGCGGAGGUCAAGAGGCUUCGUGAGCUAUACCAAGGUGAAGAAAUUAGCAUUACAAUCACAGGGCAUAGUCUUGGUGCUGCUUUAGCUAUUUUGAGCGCUUAUGACAUAGCAGAAAUGGGACUCAAUAUUGUAGUACAUGACGGUCAUCAUGAGUUGGAGAGCACAAAAAUUCCGAUCACGGUGUACUCGUUUUCGGGUCCUCGAGUUGGGAAUCUGAGAUUCAAGGAAAGAUGUGACGAGCUUGGAGUUAAGGUGCUGAGAGUGGUUAAUGUGCACGAUAAAGUGCCUAGGGUGCCAGGCAUCAUUACGAAUGAGAAGUUUAGGUUUCAAAAGUACAUAGAAGACACUAUUGCAUUUCCUUGGAGUUAUGCUCAUGUGGGAGUGGAGCUUGAGCUGGACCACAAUCAAAGUCCAUUUCUAAAGCCCACUAAUGAUUUUGGGUGCGCACAUAAUCUUGAGGCCCAUUUGCAUUUGGUGGAUGGGUACCAUGGGAAGGGGCAGAAGUUCUGCUUGGUGACCAAGAGGGACAUUGCACUUGUGAACAAGAGUUGCGAUUUCUUAAGGGCUGAGUAUGGGGUGCCGCCGCACUGGCGGCAAGACGAGAAUAAGGGGAUGGUGAGGAGUAAGGAUGGGCGGUGGGUGCUGCCAGAGAGGCCCAUAGUUGAGGCCCACCCGCCAGAUACAGCCCACCACCUUCAGCAAGUGCUCAAUAUGUGUAGCACUCAAUUGGAAGCACCAUGAUUUUGACUUGAACCACUAACAUAUCUCAUCCAUUGUGCUUAUUCUAUAUCCUUGGUCUCGUUUUCAUUUGGUGCUGAGCUAUAACUCUCAUUAUUACGUCCAAAUGUAGGAAUUGUUUUCUUCGUGUCCAUGUUAAAAAUGUUUGACAAAAAAUACAACAGACAGAAGAAGAAAAUAUGUUGUAACUUGUAAUAGUGUGGAUGGUUGGUGUGCAAUGGGACCUAUAGGGGAAGACUUUUGUAACAUGCUUCAUCAAAAGCAUUGAUGUAAAUGCUAUAUGUGCUCACGUAUCACA